AUGUUCGAGUACGAGGAUCCGGACUAUCGGAAGGAUCGCUGUCGAUGGGUUCCAGACCUGUCGACGGAGAUCAUCGCAGCGAUCCCACCGUACUACUACGACCUCAUCAUGCGCGCGGGAUCGUCGGGAGCAGCGAAGAGCGAUCGUCCACCGGCCAUCGGAACGGCCCCGUGGCAACUUCAGGCGCUACCAAUCGUCGGUGUGGUCAACUGCUGGUGCGGUCAACUACCGGCGCGAACAACUCGAGCGAGAACGACUGCUGAGUUUCGAUUUGGACAAUUACCGGUGCGGGAAUCCGCCGGUGCUGACGAAAUCAACUGUGGCAAGCAUCAACUAAUCAGCAUCGUCAACGCGUUCGUGUGCUGCUGGUGUAGCUUUGGACGCCGGCAAGGAACGGCGGUACUGAACGCCGGCCUGGAUCGCCAGUACGGAUCGCUGGAGCGGAACGGCGACGCUGGUCCGCUGGCUUGGGACGCUAGCGCCGAACGCUGGUACGGGACGACAACUCGGUGGACGCCGACCGAUCGGUGUUGGCAGGCUGGACGAAGCCAGCCACGUGUACAACCGUGUGGACCUGCAGCCGUCGACCAGGGCAUCGCACUCAAACCUGUUUGCAUAGGUAACACACUAACGUACGGUCACUACAACUGCAUCUCAUUUUCCCGGUCAAUCACGCUCAACGUCAUGCCGCGACUUCCGAAAUCAACGGUGGCGACUGCCACGACCUCGCUGAAAGUGCUUCUGGCGAAGCUCAAAAGCCAUCAAACUUCGUUUAACAUCAUUUGCCAGUUCAAAGACGAUUACCCGGAAGAUGCGACCGCCAACCAAAUCAAUGUUCGUCUCGAGCGUCUGGAUGAACUGUGGGAAUUGAUGAGCGAGGUCACAAGUGACAUCAUGGCGCACGACGAUUUUGAGGGCACCACUGCAACAUUUGACAAGGAACGAUCAAGUUGGGAAAAUCUGUACUACGAGGUCAAAUCUUUUCUGCUGGACAAGUUGAAGGAUUUCACGCAACCCAACCUCAAUCAAUCAACCCUUCCAGCUGAUCAAUCAACGUCGUCAGGCUCUAUGGAUCAUGUUCGUCUUCCGCCGAUUACUCUCCAAAAGUUCGAUGGAAACAUCGACGAAUGGUUGAGUUUUAGGGAUCUUUACACCUCACUAAUCCAUUGGAAGACCGAUUUGCCGGAUGUCGAGAAAUUUCAUUAUUUGCGCAGUAGUCUGAUAGGCGAAGCUUUGUCACACAUCGCGAACAUAAAGAUCUCUAAGGCCAAUUACGCACUAGCUUGGGAAACCCUGACUAAGGAGUACAACAACCACAAACUGCUGAAGAAGAAACAGGCGCAGUCCUUCUUCGAGCUUCCUGUUCUGGUGAAGGAGUCCGCAAAGGAUCUGCAUAAGCUGGUGGAAUCGUUCAAUAUGAUCGUUCAGUCCCUGGACCAGGUGGUUCAACCCAACGAUUACAAGGAUCUACUUUUGGUGGAACUUCUGAGCUCAAGGUUGGACCCUGCUACGCGGCGUGGAUGGGAGGAGUUUACAUCUACGAAGGAAACGGACUCUUUGAAAAAUCUGACGGAUUUUCUCACGCGUCGAGUACGGAUUCUCGAAGCGUUACCCGUGAAGACGUCGGAGUACAAACAGGACUCUAACGCAGCCGCGAAGAAGAAACCGUUUCAGGUUCGGGUGAGCCACAACGCUGUCCAGAAGCCGAUCUCAAAAUGCCCAGCGUGUCCCGAAUCGCACGGACUCUACAUCUGUCCGACUUUCCAAAAAAUGUCGGUCGCGAGUAGGGAAUCGUUCAUCCGUAACAACAACCUCUGCCGCAACUGUCUGAGGUCAGGUCAUCAAGCCAAGAAGUGCACAUCUCGCUUCUCGUGCAGGAACUGCAAGGCCAGACAUCAUACGAUGGUAUGUUUCCAACCGGAAGGAGGAGGAAAUGCGCGUAGUAACCCGACCGAGAUGGUGCCGACUACGAGCAACAACAAUCAACGCCAAUCAACGCCAGGUGAAACCGCAAGCACAGCCGCUGGUGAGCAGGUGUCCUCCCACGUGGCUAAUCGUCGAACGUCGAAAAUACUAUUGGCAACCGCUGUGGUACUGAUCGAGAACGAGCAUGGUCUUCGCGUACCGGCACGUGCGCUGCUCGACUCCGGAUCUGAAUGCAACUUCAUAUCGGAGAAACUUUGUCAACAACUGAGGAUACAACGGGAAAAGGUCGACGUUUCGAUCACUGGCAUCGGAAAUGCCACCACCAAGGCUAAACACAGGGUUCAAGCCACCAUCAAGUCACGGUUUUCGAUCUUCUCACGGGACCUUCACUUUAUCGUGCUUCCAAAGGUCACAGUUGAUCUCCCAAUGACUCAAGUGGACAUCACGGAAUGGGAAAUUCCAGACGGCAUCGAUCUGGCCGAUCCGUCAUUCUUCAAACCAGGGAGUGUCGAUCUGGUGAUUGGCAUUCAGGCAUUCUUCAGCUUCUUCAAGACUGGGAAAGAGCUGUCGCUCGGCAACGGAUUGCCAAGUCUAACUGAAUCGGUUUUCGGUUGGAUCAUUUCCGGCGAGGUGGUAGAGACUUCACAACCAACCACGAUCACCUGCAACAUGGCGCUCACUGAUCGGUUGGACGAGUUGCUGGAGAGGUUUUGGGCCUGCGAGGAAGUAGGUGACUCCAACAACUACUCGGUGGAUGAAACUCGCUGCGAGGAGCAGUAUCAGCGCACGGUGAAACGGGCACCGGAUGGGCGCUACACGGUCACUCUACCAAAACACGAAGGAGGUUUGGAACAGCUAGGCGACUCGGAGGAGAUCGCAACCAAACGGCUGUACGGAUUGGAAAGGAGACUGGAAAGGGACUUGGAAUUGCGUAAACAGUACAACGACUUCAUGACGGAGUACAUAACUCUAGGGCACAUGGAGAAGGUGGAUGACGAUUCACGGGCGAACGUCAAGCGGUGCUUCCUUCCGCAUCACCCUGUUCUACGCGAGUCAAGCACUACAACAAAGUGUAGGGUGGUGUUUGAUGCCUCAUGCAAAACUUCCACGGGCGUCUCCUUAAACGACACACUGUUGGUAGGGCCAAUAGUGCAACAAGACCUGCGUACGAUCAUGCUACGAGCUCGCGUUCGCCAGGUGAUGCUGGUCGCCGAUGUCGAGAAAAUGUUUCGACAGAUCGACAUGGACCCAGAGGACCGACCACUUCAAAGCAUCAAAUGGAGGUUUGGACCGGACGAGGAGGUGGCCUCGUACGAGCUAUCCACGGUGACCUACGGCACCAAGCCUGCACCGUUCUUAGCAACACGCACACUCAAGCAGCUCGCGACUGACGAACGGGAACGGUUCCCGUUGGCGGCGGAAUCUGUCGACGAUGACAUUUACAUGGAUGAUGUUAUUUGUGGAGCUGCUGAUCUGGACACCGCAAUCAACCUGCGCCAACAGUACGAUGGAAUGAUGGCCAGCGGUGGGUUGAGAUUGCGGAAAUGGGCGUCGAACUGGGAAGACGCACUCAAGGGAGUUCCGAACGAGAAUUUGGCUUUCGCUGACGAGGUCAGCUGGGAUCAGGACGCAAGCGUUAAGACACUGGGUCUGACGUGGCUACCAAGAACUGAUCAAUUCAGGUUCAACUUCCAAAUUCCUGAAAUCAAAUCCAAUCAACCUUUGACGAAACGGAUCGUCACGUCAAUUGUCGCACGACUUUUCGACCCACUCGGCCUGAUAGGAGCUUGCGUCGUUGGGGCGAAAAUCUACCUCCAGGAGUUGUGGGAUCUGAUCGACAAGGAAACUGGGAAACCGAUCGACUGGGACACGGAGUUACCAGCGACGGUGGGUGAGAAAAUUCGACGUUUUUUGCUAAAAAUUCCUCACUUGAACGAGCUUCGAAUUCCGCGCUGUGUGCUGGCACGAGGAGCCACAAAGUUCGAGCUGCACUGUUUCACGGACGCGUCUGAAAAGGCGUACGGAGCGUGCAUUUACCUUCGCAGCAUGGACGCUGAAGGCAACAUUUCGGUUCACCUGUUGACGUCGAAAUCGAAGGUCGCACCCCGCAAACUCCAAACUCUGCCCCGCCUUGAGCUCUGUGGUGCGUAUCUGGGAGCACUACUUGUGGAAAAGGUUCUGCAAGCUCUGAAGGUCUCGGUGAACGUGUACUACUGGACGGAUUCAACCUGCGUUUUGAUGUGGCUGAGGGCUGUACCAAGCACCUGGGUCACGUACGUGGCCAAUCGCGUCGCCAAGAUUCAGGCGUUGACGGCAGGUCACACUUGGCACCACGUACCAGGAACGAUCAACCCAGCUGAUCUGAUCUCACGUGGAAUCCCGCCUGACAUGAUCGGAAGUAACGUGAUCUGGUGGGAGGGACCGAUUUUCUUGAAAUUGGAGAAAGACCAAUGGCCAUCGCAACCAACCGUGUCCCCGGAUGAGGCACCGGAGAGGAGAAAGACGGCGUGCACAGCAACUCAAGAACAAACACCGUUCAGCGUUGACUUCGUUUCAAGGUAUUCGUCGUACAUGAAGCUCGUCAGGUCAACGGCGUACUGGUUACGGCUGAAAGCUAUGCUGCGUCACCAAACAUCACCUAAACAACAUAAAUUCCUCUCUGCGACGGAGUUCAAGCGUGCUGAACUGGCCAUCGUUGGAAUGGUCCAACGGGAGGUGUUCGCGGACGAACUGAAGGCUUUGUCGGAAGGGAAGUCGGUUGCACGAAGCUCUCCACUGCGCUGGUUCACCCCUGCUGUUGACGAAAACGGUAUUCUACGCGUGGGUGGAAGGUUAUCGCACUCGCAGGAGACACACGACACCAAGCAUCCCAUGGUUUUGCCAGCUAAGCAUCCGCUGACUCAGCUGAUCUUCGAGGACUACCACGAACAACUGCUGCAUGCUGGACCACAACAACUUCUCGCAGCAGUUCGGCAGCGUUUCUGGCCACUAGGAGAUGACCCUACAGACCUAGAACCCCUGACACCGGCCCAUUUCUUGACUGGAGGACCAAUCCAUGCGCUGCCGGAACCGGACUACAGCAACGAGAAGCUGAACCGCUUGAGUCGUUGGCAGCUGGUACAACGACAGCUUCAGGACUUCUGGACACGCUGGAGGAAGGAGUACCUGACUCAGCUGCAAGCCAAGCCAAAGAAUUGGAAAUCGCCGGUCAAGGUGGACGUUGGCAUGCUGGUAAUCAUCGUGGACGAGAAUCAACCUCCGAUGCGUUGGAAACUUGGACGGAUCGAAGAACUACACCCUGGAGAAGACGGAGUUGUUCGAGUGGUGACCGUUAGGACAGCUACUCGGAGCUACAAGCGGCCAGUCGUCAAGCUUUGCAUUCUACCAACACCUGAUUCCGAGUCUUCAUGA